CCUAGCUGUGUCCUGCACACGGCCCUCUGUAGUGACCUGAACCAUUUUUGUCAAGGAGAAGCACGAGAGUCAAGUCGAAGCAGCAACACCGGCAGCAGUGAAGCAUCUAAAUGAGAGGAGAGCAGCGCGAGGCGCAUGUGAGCCAUCAGAAAUCAUCAUUUACUAAAUAUACAGGACAACGCGAAUAGCCUUGGACAUUUCUUUAUCCGGGAAAGCCUGUCAUGUAACAAUGAGGACAUAAAUAUCACCUCUCUCCAUGUCAUCGCGUUAAUAUUCCAUUCGCACGUGAUUUUGAAGAAGAGAUUUAAGAUUGUUCAGGCACGCUUCCUGCCCUUCAUCCCAAACCAAAAACUUUGCACCCCUAAGGAACGAGUGACUUAUCAAAUGCCCAAAAACAGCAGAUCCGUCAAGAGAGAGCUUGACGAUGAUGUCACCGAGUCUGCCAAAGAUCUGCUUUCCAAUGAGGAUGCAUGUGACGAGCCGUUUCAGAAGAGCACAGUAAGCCUGCGAAACGCAGCCAGCUGUGAGGAGCAGCAAGUGGAAGAAGGCUCUGAUGAUCCAGAGGAAGAGGAAGAUGAAGGUGAGGAACGACCUGCGUGGAGCAGCAAGCUCCAGUACAUCCUUGCGCAAGUGGGCUUUUCAGUGGGCCUCGGCAACGUCUGGAGAUUCCCAUACCUGUGCCAGAAAAAUGGGGGUGGAGCCUACCUGGUACCCUACCUCAUCCUGCUGGUGUUGAUUGGGAUCCCGCUGUUCUUCUUGGAGCUGGCUGUGGGCCAACGUAUUCGCCGUGGCAGCAUCGGUGUCUGGAACUACAUCAGCCCUCGACUGGGUGGCAUCGGCUUUGCCAGCUGUGUGGUGUGCUUCUUUGUGGCUCUUUAUUACAAUGUCAUCAUCGGCUGGAGCCUGUUUUACUUCUCACAGUCCUUCCAGCAGCCUCUGCCCUGGCACGAGUGUCCUCUGGUCAAAAACAAGACCACCACAUAUGUGGUGCCCGAGUGCGAGAAGAGCUCGGCCACUACCUACUACUGGUACCGUCAGGCUCUGGAUAUAUCCGACUCCAUCUCAGAGAGUGGAGGACUCAACUGGAGGAUGACUUUGUGUCUGCUGGCUGCGUGGUCCAUGGUGUGUCUGGCCAUGAUCAAAGGCAUUCAGUCCUCAGGGAAGGUGAUGUACUUCAGCUCCCUCUUCCCCUAUGUGGUGUUAAUCUGUUUCCUGGUGAGGGCUCUGCUACUGAAAGGUUCUGUGGACGGCAUCAUCCACAUGUUCACCCCCAAGUUGGAGAUCAUGCUGGAAGCCAAAGUGUGGCGUGAAGCUGCUACACAGGUGUUCUUCGCUCUCGGCUUGGGCUUCGGUGGCGUCAUUGCCUUCUCCAGUUACAACAAGCGCAACAACAACUGCCACUUUGACGCAGUUCUCGUCUCCUUCAUCAACUUCUUCACGUCUGUGCUGGCCACGCUCGUGGUGUUCGCCGUGCUCGGCUUUAAAGCCAACAUCAUGAACGCCAAGUGUGUCGAACUAAACACAAAAAAGAUUGUUGGAUACCUGGGCAACGAGGUAAGCGCUACCCUCAUUCCUCGUCACGUCAACUUAAGCCGUGCGAGCACAGAAGACUACCAGCUUAUGACCAGCAUCAUCCGUGACGUCAUGGAGAAUGAUUAUCCUCGCCUGGGACUGGACAGCUGUGAUAUCAAAGAGGAACUUAACAAGGCAGUGCAGGGCACAGGACUCGCUUUCAUUGCCUUCACUGAGGCCAUGACCCACUUCCCUGCCUCUCCUUUCUGGUCAGUCAUGUUCUUCCUCAUGUUGGUGAACCUGGGGCUGGGUAGUAUGUUUGGCACAAUCGAAGGCAUCAUCACACCCCUUGUGGAUACUUUUAAAGUGCGCAAGGAAUACCUGACAGUCGGCUGCUGUUUGCUGGCAUUCAGUAUUGGUCUAAUAUUUGUCCAGCGAUCAGGCAACUACUUUGUAUCCAUGUUUGAUGACUACUCUGCUACGCUGCCUCUCCUCAUCGUAGUCGUUCUGGAAAACGUGGCUGUAGCCUGGGUCUAUGGCACUGAAAAGUUUUUCAAGGAUCUAAAGGACAUGCUGGGUUUCACUCCUUUCCGUUAUUACUACUACAUGUGGAAGUAUGUUACUCCUCUGCUGCUGCUAACCUUGCUGUCUGUUAGCGCUUACCAGCUUGGCAGGAAUCCUCCCAGCUACAGUGCCUGGAACCAGGAGCUGGCUCAGGAAAGAUCACUCGGUUAUCCUCCAUGGGGCCUGGCUGUCUGUAUCUCACUAGUGAUCGCUGCAAUUUUGCCUGUCCCUGUGGUGUUUGUGUUGCGGUAUUUCAACUGUAUUGACGAGCAGACCAGCGGCUUGUCCUCUAUCUCCUACAAGAAGGGCCGGAUCAUUAAAGAAAGUGUUCACAGAACAAGGCAAGAGGAGGGAGAUGACACCAGUCUUCUCCAGGGAAAGACACCAAGUGACGCUCCUUCUCCCAUGCCACCUAAUAGUAUGAACCGUAAACAGAGCAGCUCCACGGCUCAGGCCGAGUCUGCCUCCAACGGCCAUUUCAGCAUCGGGUAUCUCAUGGCUGACAUGCCAGAUAUGCCAGAGUCAGACUUAUGAAGGCAAAUCAUGUUUUUUCUCUCAGAGCUCAAGUUCAGGGCUUACAUGUGAACAUAAAUCAGUUCAUUUGCCAUUCCACAGUAUCUGUGAUCCAAAAUUAACAUUCCAUCUCACCUGUAUUAGCGCACAGAUCUUUACACCCACCCUUCAAUUCACCUCCUCUACCCCUACCACUCAUUCUGUUGUCAUGAAAAACAGCAUUUCAUCUAUAGCUACUGUAGACACACAUGUAGCCCUACACAUUGCCCAGGUCUUGUGCACACCCUUUCUUUCCCUGUUUCCUCUCAGGUCACAGGAGAUGUUUAACCUCUGGGUUUAAUUCUGUAAAUACUGAUCAUGUAUGGAGUAAAGACAGUUACUGAUCACUAACACGAUUAGAAACAGCUUAGCAGCUUUGAAAGCUUUUAGAAUGUACUGUAAGCAUCAAAUGUGAAAUAACAUGCAAUAUUACAUUUAUUAGGUACAGUUAUGAUGUGCACCAUACGAAUGACGUAAAAACGAUUGUUCAAUUAAUGUGUGCCUAAUAAUUUGUUUAUACAUUGCAGCUGUUGUAAAUUUUAAGCUAUUCUGUAAAUAUAUAUUAUAUUUAUCUGAGGAUAGUUUGAAUAUCAAAACAUGCUUUUGGUAAAAAACAAACAAACAAACAAACAAAAAAAUCCCUAAAUGCUAUCUUGUUUUAUGUUUAUGUAAUGUCUCUCUAUGGCUGUUUGGCAGUUUAUUAAAUGUAAAUAAUUUUCCUUGAAAAUGCUUUGACUUUGUCCCCCCAGUAUUACAAUUAAA